GGGGAGGAGCAGCCGCUGCCGCCCAAGUCUGGGCCCUUAGGGAGGAGGAGGCGAGAAGAUGGUGAACGACCCCAGUGCUGCCGAUAGGAACGUGGAAAUCUGGAAGAUCAAGAAGCUCAUUAAGAGCUUGGAGGCGGCCCGCGGCAAUGGCACCAGCAUGAUAUCAUUGAUCAUUCCUCCCAAAGACCAGAUUUCCCGAGUGGCAAAAAUGUUAGCAGAUGAAUUUGGAACUGCAUCCAACAUUAAGACACGAGUAAACCGCCUUUCAGUCCUGGGAGCCAUUGCAUCUGUACAGCAAAGACUCAAACUUUAUAACAAAGGACCUCCAAAUGGUCUGGUUGUCUACUGUGGAACAAUUGUAACAGAAGAAGGAAAGGAAAAGAAAGUCAACAUUGACUUUGAACCUUUCAAACCAAUUAAUAUGUCAUUGUAUUUGUGUGACAACAAAUUCCAUACAGAGGCUCUUACAGCACUACUUUCAGAUGAUAGCAAUGGCUUCAUUGUAAUAGAUGGUAGUGGUGCACUUUUUGGCACACUGCAGGGAAAUACAAGAGAAGUCCUGCACGAAUUCACUGUGGAUCUCCCAAAGAAACACGGUAGAGGAGGUCAGUCAGCCUUGCGUUUUGCCCGUUUAAGAAUGGAAAAGCGACACAACUGUGUUCGGAAAGUAGCAGAGACUGCUGUACAGCUGUUUAUUUCUGGGGACAAAGUGAAUGUGGCUGGUCUCGUUUUAGCUGGAUCAGCUGACUUUAAAACUGAACUAAGUCAAUCUGAUAUGUUUGAUCAGAAGUUGCAAUCAAAAGUUUUAAAGUUAGUUGAUAUAUCCUAUGGCGGUGAAAAUGGAUUCAACCAAGCUAUUGAGUUAUCUACUGAGGUCCUCUCCAACGUGAAAUUCAUUCAAGAGAAGAAAUUAAUAGGACGAUACUUUGAUGAAAUCAGUCAAGUACUGGGCAAGCACUGUUUUGGAGUUGAAGAUAUGCUAAAAGCUUUGGAAAUGGGAGCCGUAGAAAUUCUAAUAGUCUAUGAAAAUUUGGAUAUAAUGAGAUACGUUCUUCAUUGCCAAGGCACAGAAGAGGAGAAAAUUCUUUACCUAACUCCAGGACAAGAGAAGGAUAAAUCUCAUUUCACAGACAAAGAGACAGGACAGGAACAUGAGCUGAUCGAGAGCAUGCCCCUGUUGGAAUGGUUUGCUAACAACUAUAAAAUUGGAGCUACAUUGGAAAUUGUCACAGAUAAGUCACAAGAAGGAUCCCAGUUUGUGUUUGGUGGAAUUGGAGGUAUCUUGCGGUACCGAGUAGAUUUCCAGGGAAUGGAAUAUCAAGGAGGAGACGAUGAAUUUUUUGACCUUGAUGACUACUAGGUAGUCGACGUGGGUCCGGCAAAACGUGCCUCGCCCUCCAGCAUCCAACCCAAGGAGCAUACCCGUGGUGGAAUCCAAACAGAUCCCUGCCUUACAAUUGGAACAUUUCCAGAACUUAAUCCACGAGCAUUGGAUAUUGAAAAGAAAACCGAAACAAAACCAGGCCCAACCCUACACUUUGGUUUGUCAUGGUGUCAUCGCAACAGCCUACAACUAAGUUCCUAAAUGCCACUUUGGACUAAUUUAAAAAAGAAUCCCAAUUUUUACUUUUACUCGAUGGUGAAAUUGGU